UAACUAAACAACAUACGGCUGUGUCCAGCGGUCUCUGUUCAGUGCAUCCAUACACUGUGCUGUCACUUAAGAGAAAGAAAAGGAUUCGUGUUUUCGUUGUUGUACCGUUUGAGUAACUCCACCAACAGAAGAACAAGAGAGUGUGAGAGGCCACCUGGUUUCUGACAUGGCCAACCCUCUCAGGGGUCAGGUUAUCAAACUUUACAGAACUCUGCUGUAUCUUGGCCGUGACUACCCCCAGGGAUCAGCUUAUUUCAAACAGCGCCUGAAGUCAGCUUUCAUGAAGAAUAAAGACGUGACAGACCCUGAUAAGAUCCUAAAGCUGGUAGCCCGUGGCAACUGUCUCAUCAAGGAACUGGAAGCUAUGUGUUUCCUCAGGAAAUAUCAAGUCAUGAAGAAGUAUUACGAACCCAAAAAAUAAUCACACAAUUCUCCUUCAGGGUGAAAGGAGAGUACAGUCAAUGUGUUAAUAUUUAAUGUAUUCUAUUUUGUAGCAUUAAUGAGAUUCAGUACAUAUUACUCUAAAGAAAUGACCCAACAAUUGCCUUUAUAUAAAUAUGAACUAUGCUUGUGUCAGAAGGGAAAUAGACAAUACAUCUAUAGGAAGUGCCAGAAAGUGAUAAUAAUGAAGCUGUAACAGAAUGUGCUAUAUUUUUUUAUACCCAAGUUGUAACUUUUAAGGCCAUUGUUCUAAAUCAAUACUGUAUAUAUGUUAAUAUCAUAGGUUUUCCUCUAAAACAGUCAGGAAGCCUAGGUGUUAGACUAACUGAAUCAUACUGUACAAUGUAUUUUCAGUGUAUAUAUUUGUAAAUAUGUUGUGUGCAUGUCUAUGUAUGAACAAUGUUAGAUAGAAAACAAACUGUAAUGUCUAGUGUAAUAAAUGCGUCACAGCAGU